AUGGGAUCCGGCAUAGGGCCUGGUAUAGGUCCUGGCUUUGGGCAUGGCCUUGGACCUAGCUUUGGAACUGGUUUGGCUAUGAAUCCAUACAAUACAGGUGCAGAGUUAGCCCUUGAUGUAGCAACAGAAAUGAGAGGACACAGUGGGACUGGCGUCGGUGAUAUAGCGGUUGCUGGUGAAAUGCCCGUGGCUGGUACAACUCUUGUUGCCGGCCAAGUGCCAAUCAUAGGUUCUGUGAGAUUCGCAGGAGACGUGCCAGCCGCUGGCAUAGUUUCAGUAUUCGGUACAUGCGGGUGUGGAUGCGGUUUUGGCACUGGCAGUUAUAAUCUAAUUUAA